AUCUGGUCAAAAUAGCAUGUGAAACGCUAACGUGAUUGUGUUAACUGAGACUGCCCCUUUAUAGCUCACUCCAUAUAUCAUUUGUAAAUCAACACAAGACAUUAAUUCGCCAAAUAAAAAGUACUGAUUAUGCGUCGACUGGGCUCAGUGCAGCAGAAGAUCCCAUGCGUUUUCCUAACGGAGGUGAGAGACGAACCGUCCAGAAAACGCGAAUGUCAGCAAUUUCAGGUGGUCGCCACUGAGAACGUGAACCCUUUAGCUCUUGCAUCAGAUAUUCACAGUGCAGUUGCAACUGAAAAGAUAGAUGGAACAUGCUGCUAUGUCACAACAUACAGAGGGGAACCAUAUCUCUGGGCACGCUUGGAUCGGAAACCCACCAAACAGGCGGACAAGAGAUUCAAAAAGUAUCAGUAUUCUCAGAAGUCCUGUAAAGGUUUUGUGUGGAAUGUAGAGGAAGAUUUCCGAGAUGUGCCAGAGUCCUGGAUCGCUGCUCACAGAGUCCAGAAUGAGAAUGGCCAUCCAGUGCCUGACGAACACGGACACACCCCAGGGUGGGUUCCGGUUGACCAUAUCAACAAACAGUACUGCUGGCAUGCCUCUGUGGUCAACUAUGAUGCUGGUGUUGGACUUGUCUUGAGGACGGAUGAAAAAGAUGAAGGAUUGCUCAAAAUUGUAAGCGUUCCACUAGCAGACCUCAUGGAGCAAACGCUAGAACUUAUCGGGACCAACGUUAAUGGAAAUCCUUAUGGUUUGGGAAGUAAGAAAUAUCCAGUCCAUGUUCUUGUGCCUCACGGAAUCCUACAGAUCCAAAACCCGCCUCAACUGGAAUACCAUCAGCUUUAUUCCUGGUUUCAGGAAUCCAGCGAAGGGCAAUUGGAAGGAAUUGUUUGGCACUGUAAUGAUGGGACACUGUUGAAGCUACACCGCCAUCACCUUGGUCUGAAGUGGCCUGUUGGUGACACCUUCCUGAACACCAGACCUGUGGUUGUCCAUGUAGAAAAAACAGAGUCUGAUCCUGAAGUUUCAGAGAAGGACUUGUUCAAUGCUUUCUCCCGCAAAAAUGGACAACACUUCAGCUGCAUACAGAACAUCCAGUUUGAAUGCUGAAUUCCUAGAUGUCCUACCAGACAUUCCUACUUUGUUUUCACCUUUGUUUUUGAACCGGCGUGAAGUUUGAGGGCUUUUGUCGACCAUUAAUAUUAGCCAAAACAUUACAACUGCCUAUUGUGAUUAUCCAUUGACACAUUGUCCAUAAGCACUUGGUAUGACAGAAGUGUGAUGUAUAGUAAUGCUGUGGUUAUGCCCAAAAAAGGGAUAGUUCACCCAAAAAUGAAAUUUCUAUCAUUUAUUCACCCAAUCUGUAUGAAUUUCUUUCAGACUGACUGUCACAUAAGUCAUGUUCUCAUAUACAGCCCUUUAGAUGGUAGGUGUGAAUAGCACAUUUGGUACUUUUACCAGUAAAGGCAACCCAAAGGUUUUCCCGUAAUUUACCUGGUUGCAUGUGUGAACGGGGCAACAGAUAGUCAGAUUAGCUGUCAGAGAGAAUCAUUUAAAGCAGGUUAAAGGCCUUUUGUGGGUUUGUUUACAUUAACAUUUUUGACAGUUGGAGUUUGAAAUAAUGAGCUUUCCGUCCAUUUGAACAUUCUGUCAAUGUAAAUGUAUGGGAUUUUUCCCAAUAUUUGAUAGACAAAUCAGUUAGAAAAGACAUGGGUGUUAAAAAUGUCAGUCUUGGUUUAGGAUAAAAAAAAAACACUCUUUUGGCAUUGUCAAACCAACAUAAUUACUGUGACGUUUUUAUUUAAAUGUACUUCUGUGGAACACAAUUGGAGAUGUUAGUCUCAGUCACCAUUCAAUGUUGUUGUAUGGAAAAAGGAUUAAAUAACAGUGAGCAGUCACUCAGAUACAUACUCCCUAGCAUUUUUUUUUGUGUGUGUCCCAUGGAAGAAAGUCAUACAGGUUUGAAUCAACAUAAGGUGAAGUACAUGAUUAUUUUUGUGUGAACUACCCCUUUCAUACCUUGCACUUUUUCUUUCAAACAGUGUUGCUUUUUAAUUGUUUGGUUUCACUUUAUAUUAGUUGUCUUGACUUCAACUAUUAUGUGCUAACAUUAAAAUACAUACAGUACAAUGUAUUUAUAAUUAAUAAAUACAUGAAUUGUUUAUGUGUCAUGCCACCUAACAUUUAGACCCCAUCCAUCCAACCUGCCACCUCGCAGCCUCACCUCCCAUUUCCCGUUACACCUUCAUGUACCUGUAAUAACACCAGGCAUUGACCAUAGCACUGUUGAGUGCCCAGCUGUAGCAUGGCCACCACCACUUCUUUGAU